GUCAGAGGUUCUCAGUGGUCAGUCUGUCCAGGAGCAUCAAACAGACCUGGACUCCAUAUUUAUGCUGCUUGAGGAGAACAUUGUCACUUUUGUGAAGAAGGAGCUGAAGAGGUUCCAGAAGGUUCUGAGUUCAGAUUACCCAGAGUGCUUAGGGAGACAGAGGAAAGAGGAGGAGCAGAGCAGGAGUACCAGAGAGGCACUUCUGAAGAUCACCCAGCACUUCCUGAGGAGUAUGAAGCAGGAGGAGCUGGCUGCCCGUCUGGAGAGCAAAAACCUUGUUCCCAUGUGCCGGAGUAACCUCAAAGCUGCUCUGAAGGAGAAGUUUCAGUGUUUGUUUGAGGGCAUCGCUAAACCAGGAGAGUCAACACUUCUGAAUCAGAUCUACACAGAGCUCUACAUCACGGAGGGAGGCAGUGGAGAGGUCAAUAAUGAACAUGAGGUCAGGCAGAUUGAAACAGCAUCCAGGAAACCAGCGAGACCAGAAACACUGAUCACAUGUGAGGACAUCUUUAAACCCUUACCUGGACAAGAUAAACCAAUCAGAACAUUGAUGACAAGGGGAGUGGCUGGCAUCGGUAAAACAGUCUUAACACAGAAGUUCACUCUGGACUGGGCUGAAAACAAAACCAACCCCAAUAUACACUUCACAUUUCCAUUCACGUUCAGAGAGCUGAAUGUGCUGAAAGAUAAAAAGUUCAGCUUGGUGGGACUUCUUCAUCACUUCUUUAUUGAAACAAAAGAAGAAGGAAUCUGCAGCUUUGACGAGUUCCAAGUUGUGUUCAUCUUUGACGGUCUGGAUGAGUGUCGACUUCCUCUGGACUUCCAGAACAAUGAGAUCUGGACUGAUGUCACAAAGUCCACCUCAGUGGAUGUGCUGCUGACAAACCUCAUCAAGGGGAAUAUGCUUCCAUCUGCUCGCCUCUGGAUAACCACACGGCCUGCAGCAGCCAACCAGAUCCCUCCUGAGUGGGUUGACAUGGUGACAGAGGUGAGAGGGUUCACUGAUCCACAGAAGGAGGAGUACUUCAGAAAGAGAUUCAGAGAUAAGGAGCAAGCCAGAAGAAUCAUCUCACACAUCAAGACAUCACGAAGCCUCCACAUCAUGUGUCACAUCCCAGUCUUCUGUUGGAUCACUGCUACAGUUCUGGAUCACGUGUUGGGAACAGAUGAGAGAGGAGAGAUGCCCAAGACCCUGACUGAGAUGUACAUCCACUUCCUGGUGGUUCAGUCCAUCCAGGGGAAUGUGAAGUAUCAUGGGAGAUCCGAGACAGAGCCACACUGGAAUACAGAGAGCAGGGAGAUGAUUGAGUCUCUGGGGAAACUGGCCUUUGAACAGCUGAAGAAAGGCAACCUGAUCUUCUAUGAAGCAGACCUGACAGAGUGUGGCAUUGAUAUCAGAGCAGCCUCAGUGUACUCAGGAGUGUUCACACAGAUCUUUAAAGAGGAGUGUGGACUCUACCAGGACAAGGUCUUCUGCUUUGUCCAUCUGAGCAUUCAGGAGUUUCUGGCUGCUCUUUAUGUCUUUCUCUCAUUCAUCAAAACUAAAGCCAAUCUGCUGUCAGAAACCCAGUCAACCUCCUGCAGGUCUAAACCACUUGGAGAUGAACGUAAAAAAACAGACCUCUACCAGACAGCAGUGGACAAGGCCUUAGAGAGUCCAAACGGACAUCUGGACUUGUUCCUGCGCUUCCUCCUGGGCCUCUCACUGGAGCGCAGUUGGAAUCUCCUACGAGGCCUGCUGGGAAAGACAGGAAAUAAGUUAAAGACCAAUAAGAAAACAGUCCUGUACAUCCAGGAGAAGAUCAGGGAGGAUCUCUCUCCAGAGAGAAGCAUCAAUCUGUUCCACUGUCUGAAUGAACUGAAUGACCAUUCUCUAGUGAAGGAGAUCCAACAGUACCUGACAUCAGGAAGACUCUCCACAGACCAGCUCUCUCCUGCUCAGUGGUCAGCUCUGGUCUUCAUCUUACUGUCUUCAGAAAAGGAGCUGGAGGUGUUUGACCUGAAGAAAUACUCUGCUUCAGAGGAGGGUCUUCUGAGGCUGCUGCCAGUGGUCAAAGCCUCCAGUACAGCUCUGUUGAGUUCCUGUAAUCUGUCAAACAGAAGCUGUGAAGUUGUGUCCUCAGUCCUCAGCUCCACCUCCUCUAGUGUGAGAGAGCUGGACCUGAGUAACAAUGAUCUGCAGGAUUCAGGAGUCAAGCUGCUCUCUGCUGGACUGGGGAGUCCACAAUGUAGACUGGAAACUCUCAGGUUGUCGGGCUGUCUGGUCUCAGAGGAAGGUGUUUCUUCUCUGAUCUCAGCUCUGAGCUCCAACCCGUCCCAUCUGAGAGAGCUGGACCUGAGCUACAACCAGCCAGGAGACUCAGGAGGGGAGCUGCUCUCUGCUGGACUGGAGGAUCCACACUGCAGACUGGACUCUCUCAGGCUGGACCAUGCUGGAGGGUGCUGGUUGGAGCCAGGUCUGAGGAAGUAUGCCUGUGAACUCACACUGGACCCAAACACAGCACACAGACGCCUCCUUCUGUGUGAGGACAACAGAAAGGUGACAUGGGUGAAGGAGGAGCAGUCGUAUCCUGAUCAUCCAGACAGAUUUGACUUCUGGACACAGGUUCUAAGUAGAGAGAGUCUGACUGACCGCUGUUACAUGGAGGUACAGUGGGAAGGACUUGUUCAUAUAGGAGUGACUUACAGAGGAAUCACAAGGAGAGGAAGAGGACGGCAGCACAGCAUCCAUGGCGACGAGCAUCAAGCUGGUCUGAAGAUCCCAAGGGUCACAGCACCAAUGUAACGGUUUCAAACGGGUCUCAGCACCGGUGUAGUGGAUGUGGACAGGGCACAGAAGGAGGCAACUCUCAAGGACUGUUUCUCAGCAUCCAUUGGCUCUGCAGAAGACAAUGAUAACACAUUUUUUUGGUCUCUCUUCUGCACCUCUGCUCCUCAUCAAUGCAAUAUGGCACUA